AUGUAAAUAAAUUAAAGUCCAAUACCAUAAGAGAAACUAAGUUUUCUUAACACUCUCUUAGACAAAGAGCUGGAUAUGCUCAAAUGUAAUAAUGUCCCAAGUUAUCUACAAAAAACAUAACCUUCAUCCUAUUUCGAAUAGGAAUCAAUUCAGCAAUCUAGUAUCAGAGCCUUGAGUAAUAAUCCUACCUCAUAAACUAAACGUACAACUAAUGGAGAUUUGAACGAAAUCCAAGAUAAAAUCGUCACUAUUGAAGCAAGAAUUCAAAAAAAUAUUGAAAAGCAAAUUCAACCAAAUCAAUUAGUGUAAUAGUAAGAGUUUAAGGAUUCAGAUGAGGAAACACCUUUAAAGAAUAAAUACAAUCACAUUCAAUCAUCACACAAAAAACAGAUAAAAUUUACAGAACAAGAACAGUCAACUAAAACACUCAAUAAAUCUUCAUUUCAUGAGGAGAGGAAGAACAAAUUCCAAUAAUUAGAAAAGAAUAUUGAAAGUGCAGAGAACAAAUUGUCUCAAUCAAAAGCAUAGAGAAAAUCUAUGAGUCAAGUCAAAUCGAAAAGCAAGGAAAAAUCUUAGACAUCACUACAAAGAGGCACUAGUAGUCAACAAUAAGAUGUCUAAUCCUUGCAAAUUAAACUGUCAUAACUAAGAAAAUAAUGGGAGGAUGACAGGGCUUAAUUAAUUAAGGAGAAACAAAAGAAUUAACAAAUGCAACAAUAAUUAGAUCAAUUAAACAAAAAAUUAAAGAAGGCUUUAUAAUAAAAUGAAAAAUAUAGUUAAAUUGAAUAAGAACAAUAGAGAUUACAGGAGAAUUUUGAGAAAAGCGAAUUUAUCAGAUAGUAAUAAAAAUAAUUAAUACAAACUUUAAAAUUGGAAAUUGAAGAAUUAAAAUCAAACAAUAAUAACAAUAAUAAUAAUAAUAAUACCAAUAAUAAUAAGAGUAAACAAAAAAAAAGAGGAUUAGAAGACAAUAGCAACAAAUACUUAAAUAAAUGA